AUGCGUGUUUCCAAUAUCCUCGUCGCCGGUUCGGCUUCUCUUGCGCUGGCUGCGCCGGUGCAGAACAAGGAGGAGAAGCGGGCUUCAACCUUCACUUUCCUCGGCAUCAACGAGUCCGGCCCUGAGUUCGGAUCAGGCAUCGGUACCAAAGGAACGGACUACGUUUGGCCUACUCUCAGCACCAUUGAUACCUUCAUCGCCAAAAAUCUCAACACUUUCCGUGUCAAUGUGUUGAUGGAAAGACUUACGCAAAACUCCAUGACUGCUUCUCUUGACGCCGACUACCUUGCCGAUCUCAAGGAGACAGUCAACUACAUCACCAACAAGGGUGCCUAUGCGAUGAUCGUUCCCCACAACUAUGGCCGCUUCAGCGGCAACAUCAUCACGGACACCGCAGGCUUCAAGACCUGGUGGACGAACGUCGCCUCCGAGUUCGCCAACAACACCAAGGUCAUCUUCGACAUCAACAACGAGUUCCACGACAUGGACCAGGACCUCGUCGUCAGCCUGAACCAGGCCGGCAUCGACGGCAUCCGCGCCGCGGGCGCCACCUCGCAGUACAUCACGGCCGAGGGCAACUCGUGGACGGGCGCGUGGAGCUGGGUGUCGAGCGGCAACUCGGGCUCGAUGGGCGACCUGACGGACCCGCAGGACAAGCUCAUCUACCAGAUGCACCAGUACCUCGACAGCGACAGCAGCGGCACCAGCGAGACGUGCGUCAGCACCACCAUCGGACAGGAGCGCCUCGAGGCCGCCACCGCCUGGCUGAAGGAGAACAACAAGAAGGGCCUGCUGGGCGAGUUCGCCGGCGGCAACAACGACCAGUGCAAGACGGCCGUCUCGGGCAUGCUCGACUACAUGAAGGAGAACAGCGAUGUUUGGGAGGGUGCUUUGUGGUGGGCGGCCGGUCCCUGGUGGGGCGAUUACAUGUACAGCAUGGAGCCUACGGAUGGUGUCGCUUACACCGCUUACCUCGACACCCUCGCUUCUUACGCCUAA